GAGGACCGGAAGUCGUCAUCGCGUCAGCAAAUAGGGAAAUGGAGAGGAAAAGGGGCCUUAGCGAUAUUUUAGCGUACUGCAGUUAUUAGCGCUGAAGUGGUUUGAUUUGCCGAAUGGACGUUUUCAUGGUGGACUAAAUGCUCGUUUCCAGAAGUCAUGGAGCCCCAUGAGGAAAAGCCCAUCAUUUACACGAUGGAGAAUAAACCCAUAGUGACAUGUGCUGGGGACCAAAACCUCUUCACUGCUCUUUAUAGCCUGCUGGCACAGCAGCUUCCCCGGGAGCCUAUGGAGUGGAGAAGGUCAUAUGGUCGAGCGCCGAAGAUGAUCCACCUAGAAGCCAACUUUGUCCAGUUUAAAGAGGAGCUGCUUCCUAAAGAGGGAAACAAGGCACUCCUCACGUUCCCCUUCCUGCACAUCUACUGGACUGACUGCUGUGACACAGAGACGUAUAAGGCCUCAGUGAAGGAGGACAUGCAGCGGUGGCAGAGCGUACUGAAGCUGCACGGCUCAGCCGACUGGCUCAUUGUAGUUGUGGAAAGCGAUGGCAAGAAGAAGAACAAGACCAACAUCCUGCCACGCACCUCCAUCAUGGACAAAAUCCGCAACGACUUCUGCAACAAGCAGAGCGACAGGUGUGUUGCUCUGUCAGAUCCCCUGAAGGAGUCGUCUCGCUCUCAGGAGUCGUGGAACUCAUUCCUGACGAAGCUGCGCACUCUGCUUCUCAUGUCCUUCACCAAGAACCUGGGCCGCUUCGAGGACGACAUGCGCACACUGCGGGAGAAACGCACCGAGCCCGGCUGGAGCUUCUGCGACUACUUCAUGGUGCAGGAAGAGCUGGCGUUUGUGUUUGAGAUGCUACAGCAGUAUGAGGACGCACUGGUCCAGUAUGACGAGUUGGACGCCCUCUUCACCCAGUAUGUGCUUAACUUUGGCGCUGGAGACGGAGCCAACUGGCUGGGCUCGUUUUGCCAGCCUGUGCGGAACUGGAACGGGCUGCUCCUGCGCAGACCAAUUGAUAUGGAGAAGAGGGAGCUAAUCCAGCGCGGUGAGGCUAGCCUGCUAGACCUGCGCAGCUACCUGUUCUCUCGCCAGUGCACGCUGCUUAUCUUCUUGCAGAGGCCCUGGGAGGUCACACAGAGAGCCCUGGAGCUGCUUCACAACUGUGUCCAGGAGCUCCGUCUGCUCGAGGUGUCGGUUUUCCAGGGGGCUCUGGACUGCUGGGUCUUCCUUAGCUGUCUGGAGGUGCUGCACAGAAUCGAGGGCUGUUGUGAUCGUGCCCAGCUGGAGGCCAACUUCUCCCACACUGUGGGCCUCUGGACUUAUGCUACUGAGAAGCUGAAGUCUCUUGGCUGUUUGUGCGGUUUGGUGUCGGAGAACGGGCCCAACUCAGAGGAACUGAACCGCACUGUCGAUCUGCUCGCAGGCCUCGGCACAGAGAGACCAGAGACAGCCAACAGUCUUCAGAGCCCAUAUAAAAAACUUAAAGAAGCCUUAUCAUCGGUGGAAGCUUUUGAAAAACACUAUCUGGAGUUGUCCCACGCUGCUCUGGAGAUGUACAGAGCCAUUGGGAGGCUGCGUUCAGCUCGAUUGGUGGGAAAGAGUCUGGCUGAGUUCUACAUGAGGAAAGGUGAUGCCCAGACAGCAAAGACCUUCCUGCAGGACUCUUUGAAGUCAUACACGACGGAAGGUUGGAGCCUGCCGCUCACACACACGCGCAAGCAAAUUGCAGAGUGUCAGAAACAGCUGCAGCAGACAGAGGACUACUUGCAGACAAGCGCUCUGCUGGCCAGCGAUACCAACCUGACAGAUGAGGAGAGAAAGCACUUCUGCCAGGAGAUCCUCACCUUUGCUAACAAGGCUCCAGAGGGCAAAGACCAGCGAGUGGCCCUGAGUAUGACUGCGUUUGCUCAGCUGCGAGAGCUGCAGUUUAAGCCAGCAUCCGCAACAGUACACGUUGGUGCAUCCCUGCAGUUGGAGCUGCGUCUGUGCAGCCUGAUGCCUGUACCUGUGCGGCUGGAGCAGCUGGCAGCCAGCGUCCACUUUAUAGGGGAGCAACCAGGUAUGCGUUCUGGCCCUGCAGGCACCCAGCGGCGCCCCGGUCUCAGUCCAGAUGGCACCAUCUCCUUCCCCGCUGUGAGUCCCUCUGGUGGGGCGUUGCCAGGAACAGGUAUGCCUGCUCUGGAGCUUUACGAAAUACAGGACCGCAGUCCCUCCGACAACAUGCUCAACUCCACUAGUGUUGUCUGCAAGAAUGUGCACAUGCUGCUGCGUGGCAAUGAUGGUUCCUCCCCCUUGGACGUGCAUAGCGCUGUAGGCUCCGCCUUUACUCUGGAGGACGGAAUGCAGGUGCUGAAGACCAACAAUGUGACUUUGUUGCCAGGCAACAACAGCAUCACCUUCACGGCGCUGAGUACAAAGCCAGGCACAUACACUCUGCGACAGUUGUGUGCUACAGUGGGCCGUGUGCAGUUUGUGCUGCCUCACAUUUACCCCAUAGUGAAAUAUGAGGUAUACUCCCAGGAGCCUCAGCUGACCAUCGAGCCCCUCACAGAGAGCCUGCUGGCUGGGCUUCCUCAGAGGGUGAAGUUUACCAUUGUAACAGGCCACUACGAAAUUAAGAAGGGUGAUGCUCUGCAGCUGAGUAACACCGACUCCAUGCCUAUCCUGCACUCCUCCUCCUGCUCUGCCCGUAUUCUCUCUGGCACUGGAGAGCUGGUGGGAGAGGCUGCUCUGUCCAUCCAGGCUUCAGAGAAGGUGACGAGCAUCUCUCUGCCUCUAACUCCACCCUACCACACACUAGAGUUCCAGCUAGAAGUGCUGUGCCAUAUCCCAUUAUCACCGGCACGGGUCGAAAGUGAGCGCCUCACCAACGGCGAGAUCCGUCACCGGCCAAAGAGCCGCACACGCUUCAACAGCGGCAUGGCCUGCAUCGACCAGAAGGUGUCCAUUGACUGUCCCUGGUCUAUAUAUUCCAUCCUCAUAUCCCUUACCUUUUACACCCCCUUCAGAGCCAAGCACUCACUACUGUCAGCAGGGAAAAGGAAGUAUAUCCAGGUGUGCCUCGAAAAUGUAUCGAACACAAACUUCUGUCUUGCCAAUCAGACACUGUCAGAGCAUCAGCACACACCUUUACUGGAGCUCCUCUCUCUCAAUGCUAAAACACACCAGGUGGUGUACAGUAAGCAGAGUGUGUACAGUUUGUGGGAGGUGAAGUGGACCACAGAGCCGCUGCCGUGUCUGCAGUGUGUGUUUUCUGCCAGCUUUUCUCCUGCCGACGCUCCAGACACGGCGCUCAAACCCUACAUCUACGAGUUCCAAUUGGAGAGAGUCUCGACACUGUACAGUGUGAAGGCAGACAUCCAGCCUGCGGCGGGGGAGCAGCACUGUCGCGCCGGCACCCUCUGUCGGCUAGAAAUAUCAGUCACACGUCUGAUAGAGCCGAAUGAGGCGGAGGGAGAGGAUGAGGAGUUAAUGGAGAACGAAGGCCUCCGCACGACCAAGCUCAUGUAUGAGGUGGUGGAUAACAGCAGUAACUGGGCUGUGUGUGGGAAGAGUUCAGGUUUAGUGUCCAUGCCCGUGGCUGCCAUGGCAACGCACAAAGUACAGAUGGAGGUCAUGCCUUUGUUUGCAGGCAGGCUGCCCUUCCCCAGCAUCAGAGUGUUCAAGUACCUGCCCCACAGCGCACAACCCACAAGCCAGCCUGACACAGACUCAUGCCUGGAGAACGACAACCUCUCACUUCUGGAUAAGGGUCUGGAGGAGCAGGGAGACACGGCCAGUCUGCGCAGCCGGGGAAGCAUUCACUCUGUGGGCAGUAACGAGCAGCAGCAGAGGGCUCUUCCCAUGCCCCGGCUUGAGCCUUUCAGCCCGGGACAAGUGUUCAACUCCAGCCAGACGCAACAGGUCCUGGUGCUCCCCAGCACAGACGACCAUGUGCUUGAGGUCAAUGUCACAUGACACCCAUGGAAGACCCCGCCCCACCUGGUCCUGGACCCUGCUUUCUGUAAUCUCAUCGGACAGGAGAUGGGGGACAAGGGGGGCUCUGGUGUGGGGCGGUGGAGCGUCCCAAUCUCUGGACUCGGUGGGCGGGCAAUGGGCAUCAGCCUGGCCUGAAUACAGAAACACUAACCAAUGGCUGGAGGCUGAGAAUCCAUCUACUGUCUAAUGGUUUUUGUCUCAUUUCUUAAUUGCUUACUCAUCUACGAAGAGAUGUGCGAGACGGGAAGUGUCUCGUGUCACUUUCUCUCUGACUAAGUGGGCAGCCACAGAUUACGCAUCAUCCGUUUCUGCCUACCCACUUCAACUUCCUGCAUGGGAAGUCUUCAAUACUACCGUGACAGAGUCACACUAGCUGAGAUGAUCACACACAUGCACACACACACACACACACACAUACACAGUGACCUCUGUGGAAGGGUUGGCAGGUAUUGUGAUUAUUAAUAUGGAAAUACACGUGUGUAUGCAUUGCAAGAUUUUAUUUUAUUAUUUUUGUUAUUGUUUACUGUGUCUGACCCCAGGCUCACAUGCAUGUAUUUGCUCUGAAAUGUGAUCAUGGCAUCUGACAGAGGAGGUGAGAGAGGGAAGAGACAAGUCCUGCUGAGUUACUGCUUAAGAUCGCUCUGCUCGCUUAGGCUGCUUCAUCAAGCUUGAUGUUCAGUGUUGCUCUGUGUGUGUGUGUGUGUGUGUGUGUGUGUGUGUGUGUGUGUGUGUUGCUAAACAGUUUUUAAAGUACAGUCCUCUUGCCAUGUAUGUACAGUGAAAGACAUCCAUAUUACUGUGAGAUGGAUCACUGCACCAGAUCGGUUCAGUGAAGAAGCUGACUUCAUGCAAGCAUGAGUCACUAACUCCGAAGUGAGUACUAAAUAACUUAUUCUUUCCUGCAGAUUUGUUUUGAAACAAAACUGUUCUGAAACCAUGUUUGCCUAUUUUUAAAAUGAACUUUGCUAACCUUGGAGGGAUUAGGAUGACACCUCAGAGGAAAUAGACUGGAUUUUCUUUAAACUGCAUCCAUGCUUGCAAGUAACAAAACAACAGACAGCAAGUUCGCUGUGAUGCACUAAAGUAGCAAAUGGAAGUAAAUUACCCAGUAAAUUCUUUGACCUAGUCUGUCUGAUGCUCCCCAUCAGAACAGCUGGACAUGUGACAACCACUGCACACGCACAAGAGAGAAACCUGUAGCAACAAUAGUGACUUGUCACUUGCUAGCAUGAAUGUGGAGUUUGCGAUGCUCUCCUGUUUUUCAACCAAAAGAUGCAGACAUCUUUAAUGAUUUGCACAUAGUACGAAGGCAUUGUUUUGCAUCAUACAGUUUGUUGUUGUGCCAAUCCUAUAUAAUUCUUUGCACAUUCAAGCUACAUCUUGAGAUAAUGUCUUACAGCACUGGUGUAUUACACACCCACACACGUUUAACCCUUUCAGGAGUGAGCUUUUUACCCAAUCCUAGACUUUUCAACAUAGUUCCAGAUGACACUAUAACUGAUGAAGCUUAUGUUUACAUGACAUUCCAGUAGCGUGUGUGAGAAACACUCCUGUAAUGGGUUGAGCACUUAAAACCAGUUGUAGACUCAGAAUUUCAAAAUUCUCUGUACAGAAUGAUGGUGACUAAAUAUUAAAAGACAAGUGAGGAUAAAAAGAAUUGCUCCUCAUGUCUUGGAGUUCUGUAUAACUGUUUCAUUUUCUGACAGGCUGAUUGAACAGGGAGAUAAUAGUUAGAACGCUGAGUGUGGGUGUUUUGUUUUGGGGUUGUGUGCACUAAGGGUAAUGAAAGGCCUGUGACGGCUGAAGGCCUGAGGCUGUAUUCGUAAAAGCUGGAGGCACUUUAUAGUGCACUAACAAGGACUAGGUCGGAUAAUUAUCACCAGCUAGCGAUGUGGGGGGAGAAACAUUAAGUUUGGGAGUUUUAGCACUUGUUGUGAGCAGCCAAAUGUGUUUGAAUGAGUUUGUGUUUGUGCUGUGUGCUUUCUGGAUGAAGUAUUUGGUUCUGUUGCUGUAAGCGAAUGUUUAGGAGAGUACGAAUUAAAAAGAAGCAGACUUGUCACAUUUUUGCUUGUAUAUGUACAUGUCAUUGCAGAUCCUCUGAUUUUCAUGGCUAGCACAGUAUUUAUUCUGUGAAUAAAUCUUUUCCUCUGUCUCAGAUGAAUUGAUCGGGGUCACUUGUUAAAUGGCAAGAGUGAUUGAUCAGUCUUCCUCUCUCCCAUCAUAAUGUGUAUGAUCAGAUGGGUGUCUGGAAGCUGAUCUGAGCAUCAUUACUCUUACACUUCAUACACACAGGAGCCUGUUGGUCUCCCACUUCAGCAGGUGGAACGUGGGAUUACAUCAUGUGAAUCAGUGGGUCAGCCAACAAUGUCAAAUUUUCACAAGCUGUUUGUAAAUUAUUCCAUCAGUUGGGCACCACAGAUUGUAUUUAGAUUAAUUAUUUAAAUGAAGAGUAUGUACGCAUUAUACAAUUAUAAAAAAUAUAUGUUUUAAAAAUA